CUUUUGACUCUGCUGUGUGAUGCUUCGUACUCUCUUCGCCAUCCUGCGCACGGAUUCUCCGAUAUCCCCGGCAUUAUAGCGAGCGUAACAACACCAGGCACAACAAUAAACAACAACAACCGAGGGGCGACCAACCACCAAACACAUCGCCAAAACAAGAUCGAAGGCUGGACAAAGGGGGAAAAUGGCACACCUCAACCCGCACACAGCAGCAAUAUUCUCCCCCUCUAUGGCACGCGCCGCUGCUAGUACGGCCAAAGAUUGGUCUUUUGUCGAUAAUUGGCUGGCGCGACAAUUCCCUGGGGGGCGCUCGCCGCCAGUUUUUGAGCGCAACAACGACACGCUACGGGUGUUGCUAGCGUUGGCAUCAGCGAACGAAGCGGCAGACGAAGAGCGGCAGCGAAUUGGGCGACUUGAGGCCGGGGCACUGCGCGACCUGGAGCAGCAGGAUCGGAAUAGGAGAGACAACGAUAAAAAUGAUCAAGGUGAAGCUAGUAUCAACACAACCAAAUUACAUGACACACGCGAUGCCAUCCUCGCCGCCGUUAACGACGGACUCUCCCGAGAGGGGAGGGUAGCGCUAGACACCAUGGCCACUUUGGCAGUGGAAGGAGGCAUUGCAUUCGCCACACCAACGAAUCUGGGGCAGCAAAUGGUGGAGAUGGCGGGGAAAGUCGGUGAGCUCGAGCAGACUGAGGGACGGGUGCAAGUGCUGGCCCGGUUCUUAGGAGCUGAGGCGCUUAUGAUAGAGCGGCUGAGGGAGGAUUUGGAGACGAGCCACUAUCGACCAGGGACAGAUUUGGCCAAGCAGAAUCUUGAGAUGCAACGCAAGAUCAAGACCAUGGCGGCACGGCUGCCUGACUUAAGAGACAAAGUCACGUUCCUGGCAAGCUCUGUGGGGAAUAUGGCGAGUCCAACGAUUGAGCAAGUACGGCAGGAAGAGGAAGCAUACCUGACGCUUCUAGCACGGAAAAAAGAGUUGGAUUCCCAAAUCAAAGUCUUCCAGGGCCUGCCUCCGGAUACAGAUCAGGCCAGACAGGAGUUGGAGAGCCUGCGCUCUGAGCUCAGACGAAUGACGCAGCGUCGAGAUGCCGUCUUUGAAGGAUUGGUCGAGAGAGAAACACCAAGAAAACCAACACGAUAGGAGAAAGAGAUAGGGAAUAAGACGAUACACAAGCCGGUAAUUUGUCCGGUUCCAU